AUGAUAUCUCAUGCUUCAAAAGUUCACAAUAAAAGCUAGCAUUUCAUUAAACUAGGAUAUAUGUUGAACUUCUAUGGAAAUUAAUAGCCUAUAGAACUGAUUUAGGAUAAACUUACUAGCCAGUAUCCUCGAUUCUACGAGAAUUGCAAUAGCCGAACCUCGAGAUUGGGGGGUUUUCAUGACUAAUACUCUGCCUAUUUUAACACCAAGGGUUGCCUGAACUAUAAAUGGUCCCAUGUAUAUCGAUAAUAGUUCUAGCAAACUAAUGCCUAGAUACCUUUAAAAUCUAUAUUAGCGAGCAGAUCAUUUGGCUAAUUGAAUAAAUCUGAUAAUCAUCAAAAUGGAAAUCGAUAUUUCAAGGAGGAAGGUUUUCGAAAGCUCGGAUUUUUUGAAUAAAAUCUCUACGAAUAUGCAGGAAGCUGCUACAAUCAAAUUCAUAUUAAAGGAAUCAGAAUAAACUUUGAAACUUUACUUGAAACCUCUAAGCUUCUCGUGAAAAAACAUAAAAUUUUGACAAUGUCUGUGAGAUCUAUUGAAGAAGGCAAUUCUGAAUGGGCGGAAUUAAAUGAACUGAAUUACAAUGAUAUUCAAGAGUUUAUUAUUGAAGAUGAUAAUCAAUUCAAGGAAAAAAUAAAUGAACUGAAUAAUUAAAAACUUGAUUACUUGAAUUUAACUCUAAAAGUUUAUCUUCUUCAAACUCCAUCUUAGAGUGUGAUCCUAUUGGGUUAUCCUCAUUGUUAGGGUGACGGAAUAGGCGGAAUGAUUCUGACAAAUGACUUCUUAACAAUAUACAAUCAUUUGAGAUCUGGAAACAUUCAAGCAAUAGAAGCAAUAGAAACUAUUUAACCUUUACCUAAUGUUGAAGAUCUUGCUUUCCCUGAUGGUAUCCCUGAAAAAGAGCAACAUAGAAUAUAAUAAAUACUAAGAGAACUAAAUGAAACAAGACCUAAAUGGAAGCCUAUAAUUCCCUUUAAAAUAGCUGGAAAGUAAUUAAAGAAUUUUCCAUCAUUUAAGGAUGGAACUAAAGAAAAUUAUGAGGCUAUAAAGUUAAGAUGCAAAUAAGAAGGGGUAACCAUAGGUUCAGUCUUACUUGCCUCUAUCUAUUUUAGCUUAUCUAAAAUGGCAAAAAACUCUAAUUUAGAACUUUCCUUUGACACUGAUGUAAAUCUUAGAGAUAGAUUCCCUGUGAAACUUGGAUAUAAAAAUCUUUAACUUUUUAUUGGAAUGAUUUCUUUGAAAUAUAAGCUUAAUGAAGAAACAAGUUUUUGGGAUCUUGUGCAUUCAAUAUUUGGACAACUUUAAGAAGUCUUAGAAAAUAGAGACCAUUUUCUUUACCAUGUGGUUAAUAGAUUAUUUGACUGGAAGUCCCCCGAUUAUCUUAAAAAUCUAGAAGAAAAUGGUAAUCUCGGAAAUAACUUAAACUUUUCUAAUGUUGGAAGAUAUCCCUUCAGUCCAGUUUAUAAAAGUGAUGGAUUUGAUGAUAUUAUCUUAGAAAAAAUGUACGCCUACGGGCAUGACUGGAGCCCAAACUAUGCUGGGUAUAUUAUUCUUGUUCACUCAGUAGAUUUUAUGAGCUACACAUUAGUUUGUGAAGAGUAAGAAGAAAAUCAAAGAGAUGGGUAAAUAUUGUUUGGAUAUUACGUUAAUUUAGUCGAGUCAUCUCAUGCUUUAGAAAAAGAUUAUAAGUUAAUCGAUUUCCAUUAAUCAGAAUGA